AUGGUAUUUACUGUUCUCAGUUGUGAAUUGACCGUUAGACGAACAUUAUCAUUUUUGUCAAAUUACACAGUAAAUUGUGGAACGAUUAAUGACACAAAGACGCUGACAUCCGACCUUCUUUCGGAUUAUAACAUCAAUGUACGUCCUAUUGCUAACCAGAGUCUGGCAGUGAACGUGUCGAUUGAAGCCUACAUUAAAAGUAUCCAGGAAUUUGAUGAAGUUCAGGAAUCUGGAGAGCGUGUUUCAUAUUGCAUAACAGUUUUACUUGCAAUAGCAGUGUUUAUGACCAUCGUUAGUGAUAUGUUACCGAGAAGCUCCGAACCCGUGCCGGUCAUCUCCAUAAAACUAAUGAUUGAUAUGAUCAUCAGUUCAUUCAUUGUCACAACCGCGAUCCUUAAUCUAAACUUAUAUCACAAGGACGAAAGCAUCCCGAUUCCACAAUGGUUGAAAUCCUUGUACAUAAUGUUGUCAUGUGUUAGCUGCAGCAAGAAGAAAAUUGAUCCACAUUUCCAUGAAAUGAAGCAAAUCAGUUCAAAAACCAGUACAAAGGUGAAGACAAUUAACGUUGUUGAAAAUAAGAAUGAACCGAUAGAGAGCAAGAUAGGUCGACUUGUAGAAGAACAUGAUGAAGACAACAAAAUAACAUGGAAAAAAUUGAGUAUAAUGAUGGACAAGGUGGCUUUGAUAAGCUAUACUGCAGUUUCUGUGGCGAGUUUUGUAAUUUUCUUGGCUAUAACUGCCGUAAGCUCUAGUGAAGAUUAG